AAUCUUUGACUUUAUAACCAUAAACCGUUGUAGGAGCUUUCAUAUUCUUACCCUAACACAUGUCAUUAAAUUUCAUACAAUGGCAAAUUCCGUAAUUAAAUAGAGAAUACAAGGGUGAUUUCAUACCACACCACCUAUAAAUUAAAAGGCAAAGAUCUCCACAAUAAACCUAAGAGACAGAGAGAUCUUAACACAAAACAAAGCAAACACCAAAAAAAACAGAGAUGGGUUUGGUUACAGAUGAAGUGAGAGCUAGGGCAGAGAAAUACACAGGAGAUGAGAUAUGCCGUGAGAAGACAAAGGAGUUUCUCAAGGAAGUUUCUAUGCCUAAUGGUUUAUUGCCAUUGAAGGACAUUGAAGAAGUUGGUUACGACAGAGAGACAGGUAUUGUCUGGCUGAAGCAGAAGAAGAGCAUCACCCACAAGUUUGAAGCCAUUGGUAAACUUGUCUCUUACGCCACCGAGGUCAUUGCACAGGUGGAGGUCGGAAAGAUCAAGAAGCUUACCGGUGUUAAGGCCAAGGAGCUUCUUAUUUGGGUCACUCUCAAUGAGCUUGUCUUGGAGCAGCCGACAAGUUCAGGGAAGAUCAAUUUCAGGACACCAACUGGUCUGUCCAGGACUUUCCCAGUGUCUGCUUUCGUUGUUCCUGAAGUUGAGAAGCCUGCAACGGAGAAGAACAAUGGAACCACUGAGGUCAAAGAAGCUGUUGCAGUCACAGAUGCUUAGUCUCUCUAAUCUUAUUAAUCUUAUCCUUCCAAUCAUGAAUUACUUUCUGCUAUUUGCUGCUUAAUUUCCUUUUAUCAAUAAGAUGAUACAAUUUCAGAUUUGGAAUUUAUAGAUAUCUAUAAAAAUCAAUAUCCUUUUAAUACAGCAGAUUCCGUAUUAUCUAAAAACCUAUGAAAAAAACAAAGUUAAGGUUCUUAUUGUCUAGACUCUAGAUCUGAACAGCUUCUGAUGUUAACAUUUCAACAGAAAGCAAUAUCUCAGCGGUUACUUCAUAGCCAACGAUUUCAAAAAGUUUCUUGGAAGCUAUCACAAGUCACAAUCUAAACACAAGAAAGAAGAGUUCUACUAUAAAUAGACCAACAACAUUUGAUCCAAUGAGGCAGGUUAAGAUUGUCCUG